AUGUAUUACAAAGACCCACAAUUUGGGAUGAAUGAACUAGUUUAUGACAAAGGUUCCCUAGAAAUUACAGACCUAUACAGGGUGCACCAUAUUGUUCAUGUUUACAUUAAACAUAGUUUGUCUCAACCCGAGUAUUGUGAUGGUCCUGUUGAGGAGCCUGAGAACAUUGUAGAUGAGAUGGAGGAGUUGCUUAACAAGUUGCAUGAUGACAAUGAAGGAAAGUUAAAGGAGUCUGUUGUUGGUGUGGAUGAAGUUAAUGAUGGAUUGAAUGAUCCAAGUGUUGUGGUGGAACAAAGUAAUGUUAGAUUGAAUGAUGCAAAUGUAGGGGUGGAAGCAACAAAUGUUAAAGUGGAGCAUGUUGAAGUGGAGUCAAAUACUGAUGGUCAGGUGCACGAUGAAUCCAAUUCUUAUGACAGUGAGGAUGAGAGUUACCAGUAUGAUAGUGCCCUAGAAGUAGCCUUGGACGAUGAAUCUGAUGGUUAUGAGGACAUUGAUGAAAAUGAAAUUGCAGACAUGACUGUGUAUGACAGUAAUGAAAUAUCAAAAGGAAAAGGAAAAGGAAAAGGAAAGUGUAGAAAAGAUACAGAGGAAUAUAAGGGGAGAGACAAUGACAGUGAGGAUCUUCAAAGUGGUUGUGACAGUGAUGAUAGUAGUGGAGUUAAAAGGAAUAAAUACCCAAUUUUCAAAGAGAUAAAAGAUAUGGCUAAUUACAAAUGGGAAUUAGGAAUGUAUUUUACUUCAAAGGAUGACAUUAAGGAAGAAAUUUACUCAUAUGCUGUUCAAAAUGGAAGAGCCCUCAAUACCAUAAAAAAUGAUAAGAAAAGGAUGAGGGUGAGAUGUAAGGAAGGUUGUGAGUGGGAGGUUUAUUUUUCCAAGUUAUUAAAUGAGGAAACCUGGAAAAUAAGGAAAGUAACUGACAAUCAUAAUUGCAGUAGAGAGUAUAAUGUGAGGAUGCACUACAAGAAAAAUGAUAGAUUGGGACGGUUAUUUUGGCUGAUUACGACGGUUAAAACCGUCGCAAUUUACACUCUACGACGGUAG